AGGUAACAAGGCAAUUGUUCAACGCUGCUAAGGCCAGGGCUUCGUUCGUUCGUCAACCAACGUGCUCGGCCUGCGCCAGUAACAAGUACGAAAGUCGUACUGCACAUGAAGUCUACCGGAAAAAUGGUUUCAAAGACUGUAAUUGGUAUCGCAGCGGGGAUAGCUGGAACUUUGUUCGUCGGUUACUGUAUCUACUUUGACAGAAAGAGGAGAAGUGAUCCUCAGUUCAGGCAGAAAUUGAAAGAGAGAAGAGAGAAACAGAAGAGUAAACAGAAACAGAAAGAUGGCUCUUCCUCCACCAUGAACAUGCAGCUACCGAAUAUGGCAGACCCUCAGCAGGUUCAGCAGUACUUCUUGACACAAGUCCAGCGUGGAGAAGAGCUCCUGGCACAAGGUGACCUGGAUAAUGGCACUGAGUGUCUGUGCCAUGCUGUAUCGGUCUGUGGCCAGCCUGCCCAUCUGCUGGAGGUGUUGCAGAGGACGCUCCCCCUACCGGUCUACAACCUGCUUGUAGAGAAGCUACCAGCCGUCAAUGAUAAAGUAUCAACGGCAAUAGCGGCAGCAGCAGCAUCAGGUAUGGGCGGGGCAUCAAGCGCCCUUGUGGAGGAGGAACUUGAGUAGUGCAACAUUGGCCAUUACCAGACUCGGAAUGCUGAGACUGUUUAUGAACUCGGCCUGUUUAUGGCUAGAAAACACUCUCUUUCCCCCAAGAACAGCCAGGGAAUGCCGGGUGUUCCUAGACUGUUUCCGAUAGGAACAGCCAGGGAAUGCCAGGUGUUCCUACACUGUUUCCAUUAGGAACAGCCGAGGAAUGCCAGGUGUUUGGGCACUGUUCCCAUUAGGAACAGCCUGGGAAUGCCAGUUGUUCCUACACUGUUUCCAUUAGGAACAGCCAAGGAAUGCCAGGUGUGCCUGGACUGUUUCCACUAGGAACAGCCAUGGAUGCCAGGUGUUCCUGCACUGUUCCCAUUAGGAACAGCCAAGGAUCCCGGAUGUUCAUUUAUUGUUUCCAUUUUGAACAUGCAGGGAAUGUCUAGAUCUUUCUGUCUCUGUCCCGGUUAGAACAGCCGUAGAAUAUGAGGUGGUCCUACUUUGUAUAAGUAUCUCUCUUGGAACGUUGGUGUUUGUACUCCCAUGACAUCAUGCAUACCAUAUGCCAUACCUAGGAGUUCUAUCCCAGUUAUGUAGUGUAGUUGUAGUCACUGUCAUUAUGAGCCAACAAAAAAAAACAUGAAUGCUAACUAUGUACAGUUCCCGAAUAAUCACACACACAAAAAUGGUUGGCUUAUUUCUGUAUCCGCUUUGAAUCGUCAAAUUCUCAUGGUGAACAAAUCCCUUGCCAUGAAAAGGACUUUCUGAUCUCAAGUAGCAUUUCACUGUUCUUGCUGAAAUCAACAGUGUGGGCAUUUGAAAUACAGCAAACUGUGAAUUCCUUUUGUUUGGAGAUUUAAAUCAGUAAGAUUGCAACAUGGAGCAUGCACGAAUAAACCAUGUGUAUACAUAUGAAUGAACGUUUUAAGUGCAUGUAAUGUACUCUGCAUUGUGAGGAUAUGACACACAAGUGGUGUGGGUGUUUCUAUUCUAGCAAUAAUAUAAAUUAUCAGAUGUGAAGUCGUAUGACUUCUUUGUCCACGUAACAGUGUUGACCCAUCUUAAGCCUUUUUGCAUGCUUGCGUUUUUGUAUUCAAACUGCACUGCAAGUUCAUUUUACAAGGACCAACUUGUGAUGGCCACUUUGUAGAAAUAUUAAACAAGUGUUGUAGUUAAGACCAUCACAAGACCAGACAAGAGACAAGAUGCAAGACCAUUCAUAAGAAGAGCUUCAAACUUAGUCAUAGGUGACAGGGUGACCAUUGACAAAGGAAUUCUUUGGUUGCAGCUCAUUUGAUUAACCCCCGACACGUAUUCAGACUGGAGGUCAUGUGAAGGUCUCAAGAGGUCUCAGCUACAACACUUAUAUUGAACUUCAUCAAAGACCACCGAUCCUUAAGGGGUGAUACACAAAGUAACAAACACAUCAGCUUUGUAUAUGCAAAAAAACAUUGUAAGAGGACUGCCCCUUCAGGCCUUCCAAUUCCUCAUAAGUAAACCUUUUAGAAAGAUAGUUAUUUUAAGUCCCAUAUUUCCAUGUGCUUGUUCCUUAACAUUGAAGGUCAGCCUUCCCCACAUACCUUGUCACACAGAUUAUAAACGUUUACUGUCUAGUGGAGUAGAUGAACAUGAAGAACCUGUCUUGUCUGUGAGUUGUUUUUUCAUCCUUUUGGUCUGGUAGUACAGCUUAGCUCAGCAGCCUUCUUUUGAGGUUAUUGCCUAACCUGAAAGAGUGUGGCUGUUGUUGGGUUUUAAUCAUAGGUAACCAUUCUGGUCAGAUGAAGCAAAACACAAAAAGUAAAGUUUGCGUGAGGUUUCACCAGAGAAACUCAGAAUACUCAUCAUAAAUUGAUGUUUGCCAUCAACAUGAAAUUAAUCUUAUGUACCACAUUUCCAACAGAAGUGUUUCAUUUAUAUUUUAAGUUGAACUUGCAAAAUGGGCAGCAACUUUAACAUUGAAGGAGCAAUGGUGGCAGUUGAUUUACUGUCAAAUACACAGAGAGAGAUAGUCAACUUGCAUUUCAACCCUUGCAGAUUUUUUUUCAAAGGCAAUAACAAAAAAUGUAAGCUGUCUAGGAUAAAAGCCACUCUAUCAGGUCCAAGAAACAGGUUUCAGAUGUUGACCCAUGGCAGUAAAGGUUGUGUAUGAAAGGACGUCAUGAAUACCAUGGACUACACCUGUCCAAACGCCUAAGCAUUUUAACCAUGCAGUAAAUGCUAAAUGUAAUUUGUAAUUCAUGUACUGUGCCAUUAUAUUGUAACCAAUACUGGUAAACAUUUUUGUCGAUAAUUUUGUCAAAUACAUGUACAUGUAUAUAUCUUUACUGAAAGUUAUCCACAUACAUGUUUGUUACUGUAAACUCCAAAUUCAAAAUAGUUUUGAAACGGGCGUAAAUAAAACUGAUACAUGUAAACAA